AUGGAGACUCUGUCAGCCUUCUUGCUGCUCCUCGUUGUCUGUUGUGUCUUCCUUGUCUUGAGGGGGAAGGGCACUGUGAGCAAAGGCCUCCUCCCCCCCGGGCCCACCCCCCUCCCCCUCCUGGGCAACUUCCUCCAACUGGACCGCAAGAAUGUCAUCAAGUCCCUCAUGAAGAUGAGUGAGGAGUACGGGCCGGUGUUCACCGUGUACCUGGGAUUUCGGCGGGUCGUGAUCUUGUGCGGCUACAAGGUGGUGAAGGAGGCCCUGGUGGAACGAGCGGAGGAGUUCAGCGGGCGCGGGCAGCUACCAGCCUUCUCCAAGGAUUUCAAUGAGCAUGGGGUUGUAUUUGCAAAUGGGGACCGAUGGAAACACCUCCGUCGCUUCUCUCUCCACACGCUGAGGAAUUUUGGGAUGGGAAAACGAUCUAUCGAGGAGCAGAUUCAAGCAGAGGCCCAAUUCCUAGUUGAGGCACUCCACAAAACAGAAGAGAUGCCCUUCAGCCCAGUUUUCAUCAUUAGCCGGGCUGUAUCCAACGUUAUCUGCUCUGUUGUUUUUGGGGAUCGCUUCGAAUAUGACGAUGAGAAAUUCCUCAUAUUGAACAGACUGAUAACAGAACGAUUCCGUGCUGCCAGUUCACCCAUGGCUCAGCUGUACAACAUGUUCCCCGAGAUCAUGGAGAAAAUUCCUGGACCUCACCACAAGGGCAGCAAAUGCUCCCAGGAAAUUAUCAGCUUCAUUCUGGAAAGGAUCGAGAUGCGGAAGGCCUUGAUGGAUCCCUGCAUGCCCCAGAAUUACAUCGACUGCUUUUUAGCAAAGAUGGAGCAGGAAAAACAUAACCCAGAGACGGAAUUUUGCCUGGAGAAUUUGGUGAUGACCACAUUCAACUUAUUCUUUGCCGGGACGGAGACCAUCAGCACCACCCUGAGAUACGGCUUCCUCAUCCUGCUGAAAUAUCCCCACAUACAAGAAAAGAUCCAUGAGGAAAUUGACCGAGUGAUCGGGCGAGACCGAAUGCCCGCAGGCGACGACAGGAGCAAGAUGCCCUAUACGGAGGCCGUCCUGCACGAGAUCCAGAGGUUCAGUGACAUCCUGCCCAUGAGCCUUCCUCAUGCUGUCAUCCGCGACACCCACUUCCGGGGAUACGUCAUCCCUAAGGGCACGUAUGUCCUACCACUGCUCACCACUGUGCACUAUGACCCAGAGCAGCAUUCCAACCCACACAAGUUUGACCCCGGGAGGUUCCUGGACGCCAGAGGCUGCUUUCAGAAGGCAGAUGUCAUGCCUUUCUCGGCAGGGAAGCGGGUCUGCCUGGGCGAAGGGCUGGCCCGCAUGGAGCUGUUCCUCUUCUUCACGGCCACCCUGCAGGCCUUCACCCUCACGUCGCCUGUGCCCCCCGAGCAGAUCAGUCUCGAGCCCAGCGUGAGCGACCUCGGAAAGGUGCCUCCUCUCUACCAGCUUUCCAUGCUCCAGCGCUGAUGUUGGCCUUUCUGUCAGAUGUUUGGCUGCAGGAAUCCUGUUCAUCUCUCCAUCUACGUUCUGUGGCAUGUCUAUGCUUAAAAGGUUUUAUGGGUAAAUGCUUU